GAGGAGGAGGGAGGGCAGCAGCGAAGGCGGCUGCAGCGGGAGAUGAGCUGCAGCGGGAGGACGGUGCUGUGCAGCUCUUUGCGGCGGGGAGUCUUUCCUUAUCUCCACAACUCUGUCCCCCUUUAACUGGGAGCAGCUCAAUAGCAGAAGAACCGUGGUUUUUGCUUCUGUUUGCACCGCUACCUUCAUCAUCACCACCAUCAUCAUCGUCUCCAAAGACAGGGGAAAUACGCUGCACCGCCGGACAACAGGAUUUCGGGUUUCCAGGAUCAAGACUGCUCUCCUACUCCUUCCCCCCUCUCCCUUACUCACUGCACGGCCCGUGCCCUGGCCGGGGGCGGCAGACCGGGGGGGGGUAACAAUGGUGAAGUUUCUGGUGAGUUCUGGCUGCGCCCUGGCUGCGUCGGUGCUGCUCCGUCUGCCUGUCGGAUCGUGGUGAGGAGAAAAUGAGCGAAGAGACGGCGACUUCUAACGAUAAUAGUUAUGCACGAGUGCGAGCUGUGGUGAUGACCCGGGAUGACUCAAGUGGUGGAUGGUUACCACUUGGAGGGGGUGGACUAAGCUGUGUCACAGUCUUCAAAGUCAUUCCCCAGGAAGAGAAUAGCUGUGCUGAUUUUCUUAUCCAUGGAGAACGACUCAGGGAUAAAACGGUGGUCUUGGAAUGCACAUUAAAGAAAGACCUUGUUUACAACAAAGUUACUCCUACUUUUUACCACUGGAAGAUUGAUGACAAAAAGUUUGGCCUCACAUUUCAGAGUCCUGCUGAUGCAAGAGCAUUUGAUAGAGGUAUUCGGAGAGCAGUAGAGGAUAUUUCUCAAGGUUAUCCACCCUCCCAAAAUGAUGUUGAAGUGGCAGAAGACUGCUUUCAAGCUGCUCAAGAAAAUACAUCAGGUUCACUAAUGAAAGAUCACCUUUUUCAACAUGAAACUGUAGUAACCAGUGAAACUUACAACAGUGCAAAUUUAAGGCCUUCAACAUUUGAGGAUUUCAACACCAGGAGAGCCUGUUUACCAAGCCAACCUAACCAGGUCCCAUUUAAGUCAAUCAGGCAUGUUAGUUUUCAGGAUGAAGACGAAAUUGUCAGAAUAAACCCUCGCGACAUUUUGAUACGUCGUUAUGCAGACUACAGGCAUCCUGACAUGUGGAAGAAUGACCUGGAGAGGGAUGAUGCAGACUCAAAUAUACCGUUUUCUAAAUCGGACAGUAAAAAAUCUGACUAUUUAUACCCAUGUGGGGAUGGAACUAAGUUGAAUUCCCUAAAAGACUCAAAGAGUUCUGUGGUAUUUAAAACUCAGCCUUCCUCAUCAAAAUUUAAAACCUCAAAAAGAAGAAAAGAGGAUGGUGAGCGUUCCCGCUGUAUAUACUGCCAGGAAAGGUUUAAUCAUGAAGAUAAUGGCAGAGGAAAAUGUCAAGAUGCUCCAGAUCCUAUUAAAAGAUGUAUCUACCAAGUUAGUUGCAUGCUUUGUGCAGAGAGCAUGCUGUAUCACUGCAUGUCAGACUCUGAAGGAGAUUUCUCUGAUCCUUGCUCGUGUGACACUAGUGAUGACAAGUUCUGCUUACGCUGGUUAGCACUGGUGGCACUCUCGUUCAUUGCUCCAUGUAUGUGCUGCUACCUCCCCUUGAGAGCAUGCCAUCACUGUGGUGAGGUGUGUGGGUGCUGUGGAGGAAAGCAUAAAGCUGCGGGAUGAAUCAGUCUUGUGCCAAACAGAGCUGAAAAAUCUUUGUUUCCAGGAAGCAUCUAACUUGGAUUUGUGGAAGCUUUUUGGCAAGCUGAAGGGAAUCUUCUUUCAUGUAAGAGAUGCUUGAUGUGGAGGAAGCAACAAGACUUGUCAGACCUUGGCAUUUUACAAGUGCUAGCCACGCCUAACUAUUUCCUUUGAGUGCGUGGCAUUUGUUGCGAGUUGUGAAGGAGAUUUUGCAAAGGAAAGCCUGUUCUUAUUAUUGGCUAUAAAAUGAGUAUAUAAACUAUGAUUAUACUAAAAGGGAUUAACUUUUGCCACUUUGUACAUUCAUGGUUUAGGUGAGGGGGCUCUUUUAAAAGGAUUAAAACUUAUCUGAGGGGAAAUUUUAACUAAAAGUGCACUAGUGACAGUUGAUUUAAGAUUAAGAAAAGUUAAUACUCAGCAAAUGAGAAAUGAAACUGAUUUUAAGUGCAACUAAAUCACUUAUUAAUAGUUUUUUGGAAGCAACUUUAUGUAUAAAUAACAAAUGUUUAUAUUUAACUAAAUGUGUAAGGUACGAAUUAUUACAUGUUAAACUUUCCUUCCCUCCAAUAUAGUAGGUAUGGACCAUAUCUACUGUCACAUUCCAUGGUAAUAUUUUAAAUAGUUAAUUUAGUUGCAUUUUUAUUCCAGAUGGACAAAUUGAUAUUUUCAGUCCUGGUUCCCUUCAGCUACAGUUUGUGUUGAGUUGUAUCCAUGCAUUCUGAUAAUCUAAAAACCUUUAAAAUAUUAAUUAUUCUAGUCUUGAGUGACCAAUAUUUUUUUUGUUAAGCACAGAUGUAAUUGUCUAAAAUGUUCUUGUUAGAACAUAACAUUUAUUUUUAUAUAUAAAUGACUUUGAUUUCAACAUAAUAGCAAAAAAGGAUGUUGUUUCUGUUGUUCAACCAGCAAGUUGUUUUCUUUUGGGGUAUCCUCCAAAAAUACUUUCUUGCAUAUUCAAAUGUUCAUUAAGCGAAAGGUACAUUAAGGCAGUUGUAACAAAUUGUCAUCAGUGUUCUUGUUUAUCCUUCUGUUAAACUAGGAUCCUGUUCAGCUGUUUAUCAAGUACUAUGAUUAAAACAAAAGAUUAAUAACAAAAGUGAAAUUGUUUUCAUUAUUUUGAACCACAACUUUUUCUCAUUUGAACGGGCAAGAACAAAAGUACUGUGUGUUUUGUUCAAAAAGAACAACAAAAGACUUAGCUUGAGAAAUAAAUUACAGCCCAGGCAAAA